UCCACAAACUUAUCAAACAAUAGCUCGCUGCUGCGGAAGCAAUAGUCUCAAACUCCACAAACACAUUAAAAGAGAAGCUUUCGCAGCAGCACACAAAUAACUAAAUAAUCAAAAUGUCUCGCUCUCUCCCACAAGCUAAACAUCUUGUUUCUCAAUCUCUCCCCCUCUUUCAUCUUCAACGCCGAGGUUUUGCUGCGGCAUCUGAUGUUUCAGCGAGAGUUGGCCAAGGAAAGUUUGAAGAGAAGCCCGUGUCAAGAGAUGGCCAAGAGGCCUGCUCGGCUUGGGUCCCAGAUCCGGAAACCGGAUAUUACAGGCCCAUUAACUGCACACCUAAAAUUGAUCCGGUGGAGCUCCGAAAGAUGCUACUCAAACACAAUACCAGACCAUCCAACUAAAGCAUAGAGGAGUUGCCACCUAUAGUUAGGUGCCAUUUUGAGAUUUUGGGUUUUUCCGGUUUUGCGGCUAGUUUAUCUUUUUAUGCUAAGCUUUAGAAGUAACUCUAGAGCAACAAAUUUUGGUUCAUGUUGCUGUUUUUUUUUGGUAUGUUUCAACUUUGUGUCAGUUUUGAUCAAUCUAUAUCUAUAGAGAAUAUUUUUUUUCAA